AUGAAACAAUUGCAAUACUUGGAUCUUAGCUGGUCCAACUUUUCUCGGAGCAUUACUCCUCAGUUAGGGAACCUUACAAACCUGCGUUCACUUGACCUCAGUUGGAAUGAUUUUGGAGGUAUUCCAAUCCCAGGAUUCAUUGGUUCCAUGAAACGAUUACAACACUUGCAUCUGCAGAAUUGUCACUUUUCUCAUAUUGUUCCUUCUCAGUUAGGGAACCUUUCCAACCUACAGUCACUUGACCUCCGUUGGAAUUAUUUUGGACGCAUUCCAAUCCCAAAAUUCAUUGGUUCUAUGAAACAAUUACAACACUUGGAUCUUAGUUGGUGUUACUUUUGUGGGAGCAUUCCUCCUCAGUUAGGAAAUCUUACCGAGGUACGCUCACUUGACCUCAGUUCGAAUGAUUUUGGAGGCAUUCGAAUCCCUGAAUUUAUUGGUUCCCUUAAAAAAUUACAACAAUUGUCUCUUGUGGAUAGUCAGUUUUCUAGAAUUGUUCCUCCUCAGUUAGCGAACCUUACCAACCUACGCUCACUUGGCCUCAGCAAGAAUGAUUUUGGAGGCAUUCCAAUCCCAGAAUUCAUUGGUUCCAUGAAACAAUUACAUCACAUGUUUCUUAGCCGUUCUAACUUUAUUGGGAUCAUUCCUCCUCAGAUAGGGAACCUUACCGACCUACACUCACUUGAUCUCUCAUGUAACUCUUUGUGUUCUGGAUCUCUUUCUCCACAUGGUUUUGUAUUAGAAUCACUCAAAAUAUUGGACUUGUCCAAUAAUCACUUUAACGGAUCAAUGCCAGACCUGAGAGUAUUUCCUUCACUGACAGAAUUGCAUCUUUCGAAAAAUAACUUUACAGGCUCCAUACCUGUCAGUAUUAGUCAACUCUCCGAGCUUCGAGUUUUAGAUCUUUCUGGUAAUGCUUUGGAAGAUUCAGUUCCUCUAAGCAUUGGCCAUCUCUCCAAGCUUCAAGGUCUAGAUCUUUCUAAUAAUUCUUUGGAAGGUUUAGUCAGUGAGUCCCACUUCUCCAAGCUUCAUAAGUUAAGGAUAUUGAAUAUUGCCUCUAAUUGGAGUCCUCCUUUUCAGUUGGACAGAUUAUAUUUAGUCAGGUGUAAUGUGGGCCCAUAUUUUCCAAAAUGGCUCCAAACUCGGAGGAAUUUGGCAAUACUUUAUCUCAUUAGUGCCAAUAUACGAGAUGAAGCCCCCAACUGGUUAGGAAGUAUGUCUCCUCGAUUGGAAUACUUAUUUCUCUCCUAUAAUCAAAUAAGGGGUACACUUCUGGAUCUCUCAUUGACAUCCAUCAAGUAUAUGGAUCUUAGUUACAAUCAAUUCUUAGGUCCUUUAUCAUUACUUCCUCCCAAUGCUACCGUAAUAAACUUGGGUGGAAAUAUGUUAUCGGCUUCGAUGUCAUCUAUCUGCAAAACUCGCCUUCAAGAUCUUCAAAUAUUUGACCUUUCAAAUAAUCAGUUGGAAGGAAUGGUUCCCAAUUGCUGGGAGAAUAUGCCCCUCUUGUGGUACCUCAAUCUGGCUAACAACAAUUUUUCGGGUGAAAUUCCUGGCUCUCUUGGCUCUUUGGAUAGCCUCUAUGUACUACAAUUGCAUGGCAAUAAUUUAUUUGGCGAGAUGCCAUAUAAUUUGAGACUUUGCCAAAGCUUGAGAUUGAUUGAUGUUGGAGGUAACAAGUUAACAGGAGAGAUCUCCACUUGGAUUGGUCAGAUGUAUGAGAUGAUAAUUCUAAACCUUCGUGGAAAUAAAUUGCAUGGCAGUAUUCCUCCCGAGAUAUGCAAUCUUACAAAUAUUCAAGUUCUGGAUUUAUCGAUAAACAAUCUGUCUUCAAUAAUACCUGAUUGCUUCGACAAUUUCACUCUCUUGUCAAGUGAGAGUAUCAGUGGCACAUAUGCUUAUGUUAAUACACGGUUUGGAGGGUACGAAACAUGGGAGUAUGCAUAUUCAUCAUUUAAAUGGAAAGGACUAUGCGGCGACCCUCUACCAAUGUGCCUCGAAGAUAGCUUGAAGCUAUCCACCACUAAUUCGAGGGACAACAUGAAUGAUAACGAUGGAAACAUCUUCUCAUUUAUGCAAGAAGUUGGGAUAUCAAUGGGCUUUGGUUUUGGGAUGGUGUUGGAGAUUGGUUCUAUGUCAGGAUUGCUGAGUUCGUAUCCAAAUGGAGACGAAGCUGAAAUGCAGGUUUUAGAGUUGAAUGAAGGUGCACAAAGUCAUGGUUUGUGA